AGUAGCCUGGUCUCCUUGGGGCACUGCUUGACUAAACCUGAGUUGAUCUUCAGGUUGGAGCAUGGAUUUGGACCAUGGAGCAUAGGAGAGACCUCACUCUGGAAUCUCCCAGAAGUUCAAGCCAGUGCUUCACUGUAGAUCUUUGUAUCUACUUCCAUCAGUUGCUGGAUGAAAGUUCUAUGAUGACAAUCAAGGUGGUCAUCAAUCUGACUACAGGGCAAGUCCAGUUCAGCAUUUUGAUUUCUCUCUGAAUGAUGUUGGGAGUUGAAGCCAAAGGUGAAAAAGGCUGCUAGGACCCUUUUUAGAAGAUGAGGGGUGCUUUCCAUCCCCAUUCUUCCAAAGUGGUUGUCAGUGGCACACAAACCUAAUAUGCAUGACAGCAACCAGGUGUUCUUGAAGUGUAUGCUUCAGAUAAGAGUUGCCUGGAAAAUCAGGGGAGUCAUGUGUGGCCAGUGGGAAGCAUCAGCAGGAAUCUGUCAAACAGAGAGAUGAUUGAAGCAGAAAUGAAGGUUCAAUUGGAACUCCAUCGAGGUAUAAAGCCCUAUGAAUGUAGACCAUGUAUGAAAUGGAUUAACCUGCCAUCGCAGCACAAACAGCAGCGUGAAUAUUCCUCAAGUGUGAAACCCUGCGGAUGGAAGGAAUGUCAGAAAGCUUUCUGUUGUAAGUCAACGCUCACGGGACAUCAGAGAACUCGUACAAGAUUGAAGAUCUAUCAGUGUACAGAAUGCAGGAAAGCUUUUCCCUCCAAAUCAGAACUCACCGUACAUCAUAGAAUUCAUACCGGUGAGAAACCUCAUGAAUGUGAAGAAUGUGGUAAAGCUUUCUAUCGUAAGUCAACCCUUACUGUGCAUCAGAAAACUCAUAGAGGUGAGAAACCUUAUGAAUGCAAGGAGUGUUGGAAAGCUUUCUAUUAUAAGUCAACCCUCACUGAACAUCAGCGAAUUCAUACAGGUGAGAAGCCUUACGUCUGUAAAGACUGUGGCAAAGCUUUCUUCUACAAGUCAAACUUAACUCGCCAUCAUAGAACCCAUACAGGUGAGAAGCCUUAUGAAUGUGAAGAAUGUAGGAAAGGUUUCUCCUCCAAGUCAGAGCUCACUUCACAUCAUAGAACUCAUACAGGUGAGAAGCCCUAUCAGUGUGAAGAAUGUGGGAAAGCUUUUUACUGCAAGUCAACCCUCCGUGUACAUCAAAAAAUCCAUACAGGUGAAAAGCCUUAUGAGUGUAAAGAAUGUCAGAAAUCUUUUUAUUAUAAGUCAACCCUGACUGAACAUCAGAGAACUCACACAGGCGAGAAGCCCUAUGAAUGUAAAGACUGUGGCAAAGCUUUCUUCUACAAGUCACAGUUAACUCGCCACCAUAGAAUUCAUACAGGUGAGAAGCCUUAUGAAUGUGAAGAGUGCAGGAAAGCUUUUUCCUCCAAGUCAGAGCUCACUGCCCAUCAUAGAACUCAUACAGGUGAGAAGCCCUAUGAAUGUAAAGAAUGUGGCAAAUGUUUCUGUCGCAAGUCACAUUUAACUCUACAUCAUAGAAUCCAUACAGGUGAGAAGCCCUAUGAAUGUAAAGAUUGUAGAAAAGCUUUUUUCUGCAAGUCAGGACUUGCCCGACAUCUGGGAACUCAUGCACAUGACACUAAUACAAAGAACAGAGAAAAGCAUUUUCCUGCAACUCACAUGUCAACCACCAUCAGAAAUGCCAUACAAUUAAGAAACCCUGUGAGUAUAAAGAAUGAAGAGAAACUCUCUACUGUGAAUCAGUCCUCACUCCAUACCAUAGAUUUCUUACAGUUGAGAAGUCCUAUCGGUGUGCAUAAUGCGGGGAAACUUCCCUUUGUGACUCAGGCCUCAUUCAGUCUGAGUGAACUCAGAUGAUACACACAGUAGUGUAGAGAAGGCAAGAAAGCUCGCAGUCAGCCAAGAUGAGUUGACAUCAGAGAAUGUAGAAUGAUGACAGCAAAGAACAAGUGAAAACUGCCACAAGGGAGACCUUUCUCACCAUCUGAAAAUCCAUAUUGGUUGGUGUGUGCCACUGUGUCUGGAAAGAAUGUAGGAAAGCUCUACUGUAGUUCUCUCUCUGUAAGCAUCAUACAUGUGAAGAAGCUUAGGGAUUUCAAGUUUAAAAGUUUUAAAUGAUAAUUCAAAACUCAGUUGAUAGGAGUAUACAUGCUAUGAAGAAUCCUGAGGAUGUUAAAAAUCCAACAUUUUAUAGUGUAGAAUAUUGUAUAUGUACUAACCUUGGAAAACAAACAUGUAAGGGACCUUGCUAAAGAACAUAGGAAAACUUUGAUAGUCAAAUCACAUUCUGCAUCAGAAAAGUUAUAUAGGUGAGUGACUGUGUACAGAUAACAAUUUUGUCCUGUAUGAUACUUGUUUAUGUUCCAUGGUCAUUGAGACAUUUCUAUUCAAACUAGAAAUAUAGCCUGUCCAACCCUAGUGGGCCUGGAGUUGUAUAUAAUAGCAUGUAUAGAAAUGUAGUUCAGAAGUGGUGCUGAGGUAUGCUGGAUGUGACUGUGACAUUGUACCUGAUAGGCACUGUCUUUUGUGGGACCAUUAAAGUCACUGAUGCUCUGUGUUUUCUUAUUUUCAUCUGGUAAGAGAAAAAAAUGGUGGAUCUUCUCAAAUUCAUUUUAAUUGGACAGUCACUGGCAUAGGAGUCAUGAAAUUAAGAGUACUUAUUUCCCAAUCCUCAGAGAAAUGACGGUUUUGCGUGGUAACAGUUAUAUCAGAUUAGGAGCACACGAGAGACCAAGGUACAUGGGAUUUUGUACCAUACUUUGCAGAUACACAAAGUAAUUUAGUUGGGCCAGAUAUAUACAGUUUGAGGUCAAAGGACAGUUCUCUUUGUGACUGAAGGGAGAAUAAUCUUCAGUAACAUUUUUCAACCCUGGCAGAAAAGAAUCUAAAUAAUGGUGUCCUAGGUGACUGUCCUCGGAGCAAAGCAACUGCCAUCUUGGGAAAUUCAGCUGUGCCACCUUGCAAAAGCUAAUCCCAGCUAGGCUUGUUGAUGGCUUAGUGGCAAUUCUAUAGACUGCCUGGAGAAAAGAUUUAGACAGUAUGUGUAUGUAUUUGUAUCUGUAUAUAUGCAUAUGUGUAUGCAUGCCAGGGAAGGCACCAUAUCCUCCAUCUAUGCUGUUUGGAAGAAACACGGUUCUUGCUGGGUAAAGUUUUCCAGAUGUGGCCCAUUAGGGAUGGAGAACCCACACUCUUGGAAGUAGCCCUCACCACCCAAGCUUUCUCUGUAAGGAAGCCAAAUAAACUCAUUGAUUUAUUUGGAACUUUGUUUGAAUCAUGCCUUUAUUUGCCAUUAGGACCUUAGACUCUUCGAAGAGGUAGACACUGAUUAUGUCUCCCCGUGGAAGGAAUUUAUAACAAUAUAGGGUCAUCAUUAGAUGAACCCCCAGCCAAGAUGAGGCAGCGACAACAUAAUGUGAGUUCCUGUAGUAAGUUGGGUCUUUGGGAAUUCGGGGUGAGCCUUUUUUCUGCUACAUUCUCUAAAUCCAGUCUUUCUUACCUUUCCCCAUGUUACUUACUGAUAGAGAGAGUAGGUAGUGCAAAAAACUGUGCUUAGGAAAUUUCGUGCUCUGUGGUGAGCUGCAUGGAAUCACACCUGAUGGAGAUGUGUAAUCAAUUCCUAUGGCUAAAGUCUGACCUAUGCUAUGAUCACGCAAUGAUUAUCAGCUGCCUGCAUAUGCGUGAACCUAUGGGCAGUGCCCACCUGGCAGUUCGGGGUUGGCAGCCCAUGCCUACUUAAGGGCUGGGAGAGGGGAUGAGAGAGAGGUCAAAGGAAAGAGGGUUGCCCAGAGAGAGAGGAAAAGGAGAGAAGAAGGGAGAGAGAGAGGAGAGAGAAAGAGGCAGAGAGGAGAGAGGGGAAGAGAGAGAAGUGUAAAAAGUCCUAGAAUAAACUGCAGUGAGAAGAGCUCCGGUGGUCGCGUCAUCCUUGCGGGACGAGGGUGGUCGUGACAGUGCUCAGGUUGAAUUAGGGUACGAGGUACUAAUUUGUAAAGUUAACAUGAGUAUUACUAUUUACCUUAAUAGCCUCCAAGAAUUUUAGUAAUCCACGCUGACUCACUGGAGUGAGAAAAUAAGACAAAUAAGGAGACAAAUAAGAGCUCCAGUAACUCCCAAGUGGUGUACCGAGAUGAGUUUUCAGUUCAGCAGUCAUCUGGCCUUGAGUGGGCACCAAGCGUGUGUACUCAUCACUACUGUGGUGGCCAGUGUCUUCUCUUUACAUGCCACUUUCUCAUUGACCUGGCAGUUCUGGCUCAUUGAAUGGUUAUGUGGAUAUGGUGAUCCUGGAACCAGAGCUUUUGGACAAGGAGUACGGCUGAGGCCUAGGAAGAAGUCUCAAAACCUCAACACAUAGAAAAACUCCCUUCAGAGGAGUCAGACCCUAGAUUAUGCUCUGGUGCAUAUUGUCUGCUUUAUCAGAUGUCAUCUUGACAAGAUUCAAACCAGCCAGAUACUAAGGUGCCUGAAUACACAGGAGUGUGAGGUUUUUACUGACUUGGAGUUAGUUUCUAGUGAUAGUAGAUUAGAGAUAGAACGUGUCCCUGCUAAAUCAAGGAAAAACUAGUGGUCAGUAUACCUUUUCUUUCUUUUUUUUAAUAUUUAUUUAUUAUGUAUACAAUAUUCUGUCUGUGUAUAUGCCUGAAGAACAGAAGAGGGCACCAGACUCCAUUACAGAUGGCUGCUGGGAAUUGAACUCAGGACCUUUGGAAGAACAGGCAAUGCUCUUAACCUCUGAGCCAUCUCUCCAGCUCCCAGUACACAUUUUCUAUGUGAGCCCACAUUUCCCCAGCCUUUGAUCAGAGGUUUAGAUUUAUGAUAGUUCCCAUAUUUUCUUUUAGAGCCAAAGCCUGGUGUAUACCCACACAUUUUUCACACACAGCUGCAUCCACAAGGUCAGGGAAAUAGUGUAAAUGAUAGCAGGUGUGGUAGCAGUGAUGUGGGGGAUGAGGGCGGAAUUUGGAUAGACCUUGGCUGCCUGCCUCCCUCCCAUCUUACAUUGGUUUAAGCUACCCUUGGCGUUGGGUUCAGGACCACCAUCUCUUAGCCACCAUAGCUUAAGCUCUUAGACUCCAAAUUUAUUGACUAAAUAUACAACUGCCAAAUGUUUUGAGAAUCACAGGGAAUGGAAUAUAAUAAGUGAGUCUAUAUGUAUGACAUACUCAUUGAAAAAGUGAUGGAAGGUGCUAAGUCAUACAAGCAAACUUUUGACUGUUUUCUCCAAAUAUCAGACUGCACAAACUGCUCCAGUUGCCAGAUACUUUAAUCACAGGGAUAUGAGUUUGCACUUGUGAAGGUACUCUCAAAAAGAAAUACUUUGUAGAUAAGUGGGAUUGGUUCCUGCAGUCUAAUUGAACAAUUUGUAAAUAAAAAUGAAAAUGCUCUAGUAAGCAUCGUCUGCCUGUGUAUAAUUGGGAUCAUUAUGUGAACGUAUAGUUACUGUACAUUUUAAUUUCUUUGUAACAGUUUUUCUUUGCACUGUGGGGUUUUAACUCUUUGAACCAGUAUUGCUAUACAUGAACACUAAUUUCUGUAUUUUGUCAUUGGUAGGAGAAUGUCAAAUACAUUCAUUUGCUAAUUUUCCUAAAUGAACAAUUUAAAUACAGUAUUAUUUUCCCUCUUCCUUUUCCUUCAGCAUUUCCUUUGUAGUCCCUUGCUCUUUUAAAUUCAUGGUAUCUUUUUAACUUUUGUUACUGAUGUGUGUGAAUAUAUAUUUUAUAUAAUAUAUAUAUUCCUAAAUAUAUAAAUGCAGCCCUUUCAGUCUACAUGUUACUUGUAUGUGUAUGAUUUCAUGGUAUUGGGUAACCAAUUUCUAUGUUUUUUUUUCAGGAAAGACUGUUUCCUGUUGUCAACAUUUUUUAGUUGUCUGUAGUUCUUUGUCUAGAGUUGGUGUGUUGUGAGAUUAACCUCCACCCCCCACCCCGCUAAUGUGUGUUAAUGCUAUCCUUUUAAAAAACUUUCAGAAUUGUAUGUGUAUGAGUGUUUUGCUUGAGUUUAUGUGCAUAUACCACAUACAUGCCUAUUACCUGCAGAUACCAGAAGAAGAUGUUGGAGCCAAGGGAACUGGAGUUACAGAUGGUUGUGAGUAACCAUGUGAAUGCUGAGAACUGGAUCUAGGCCCUCUGAAAGAGCAGCAAGACUCUAACUGCUGAGCUAUCUCCAGCCAGCCAAUGUCAGUUGUAUUUUAAUUUGUGUAUCUGCAUUGCUUUUGUUUCUCAUGUUGAGGAUAUGAUCAUUGAACAUUUAGAUAUGUUCUAUAAAAUGUGGCUGUUCAAGUC